CUUCUCCGUCUCUAGUUCUUCUGCCCUCUAUCUCUCUCCCUCUCCCUCUCCCUCUCUCAGCGAUUGAAAUUCGUCUCUGCAAAUGGCGUCCGAAGGGACUUUGAACUGCAUCGACAUCCUCUUGGCGAUCAUCCUCCCUCCUCUUGGCGUUUUUCUUAAGUUCGGAUGCAAGGUGGAGUUUUGGCUAUGUUUGCUGCUGACGCUAUUGGGAUGGUUGCCUGGAAUCAUCUACGCCGUCUAUGCCAUAACCAAGUGAAGAUAAAUGGUUCGUUUGGUCUCCGUUAAUGAAUUCCGUUAUCACCGUUAGGGAAUGACGGCGUCGAUCUAUUGCUUUUUAACUGCUGCGGCUGAUUGUGACCGUUGAUUGUUCUUCUUCGUGCCCAUUUGUGUUUUGUAUUUUUUUAUAGGGAAUUUUCAGUAAUUUGCUUGUGGAUGUAUUUGCGUCUGGUAUUAGAAUAAAACGAUUGUAGAGUUCUGUUUC